CGAACGAAUCACUGGCAUCUCUGUCGUAGGGCCGUGACAGAAGACAUCGUCCAGUUCGUUCUAGACUCAACUUCCUACAGUCAAGGUCUCCAGCACUGGUUUGGAAAUGAGGCUGGCAGAGAGAGCACUGUUUUCGUGGCCUUUAGUCUUCCUGCUUCAUGUUUUCGUCAUAACUGGUACCGGAGGACAGACUCACGUAUGCGAUGGCAUUUCAGGCGACUAUGAUACUUGGAGAGCAAAAGCUGCCGGUAACUACAAAGUGAUCGUCGUGGGAGGCGGCAUCGCUGGACUCGAAGCCACUAAGACCCUCCUUGCAAAAGGAGUCAGAAAUGUCCUUCUGCUCGAGGCUCAAGAUUACCUUGGAGGACGAGUGAAAACCUACAGGCAGGGGUCAAUUCUGGUGGAAGAUGGAGCAGAAUGGAUUCAUGGAGGCUACAUGAAUCCACUCUAUGGAUUAGCUGAAAGUCUCGGCGGUCUGACGCAGCCUCUACCUGACGAAGCCUACGACUGGCGCGUAAGAACUCAAGACGGCCAGGUGGCAGACGAAUUUGGGUACCUCGCGGCAGCAAAAGUCAUGGAAAAAUGUGAGAUAGACUCAAUACUGGCCAACUACCACGAUAAAGGAUAUGGAGAUUGCUAUCUUGACCAAUUUCCGAAUGUUUACCAGAAUUUCGGAGCGGUGUCAUCGGAGAAAGACGCCUGGCUCCAUUACUUGCACAUGUGGGUGGUCAAGGAUACAGGAACCUACGACUGGAGAAAUCAGUCCGGACGAGACGCUGACCACUUCACUGACUGGGGUUUGGAUGAGUGGAAUCAGUGGGCAGCAGGAUAUGACACCCUCAUUAAUUAUACUUUGAAAAGCAUUGACUCAAACAUCACCAAAACAUCCUCGCCAGUCUGCAAGAUCUUCUGGAAUUCAAGUUCGAGUCGUAAGGCUGUCGUUGUGACGUCUGCACAGAAAGCUUAUACCGCAGAUUAUGUCCUCGUCACAGCGUCUGUUGGGCACCUGAAGGAGAGACACGCCAAGCUCUUCUCGCCAGCCCUUCCUACAUCCUACAGCGACAAUUUUAAAAAAAUCGAGCUGGGUAUUGCAGAUAAAGUCCAGAUUGGAUGGAACAGCCCGUGGUGGGGGUCUGAUCCUCUGGAUUUGAACGUUAUUUUCACUGCAAAGACGCUGCCCGCGAAUGAGACUUGGCUUUAUGGCAUUAUGGAGUACAUGAGCAUCCACCAACAAACUCCCAUAAUCCAGAGUUUUCUCACGGGAAACCACGCCCUGCUCAUGGAGGCCCUUUCAGAUCAAGAAGUGAAGGAUCACCUGCUGCGCUUCCUUCGAGCAGUGACGAAGAAGGACAUCCCACCGCCUACAUUCUUCAGGAGAUCCCAGUGGGGUAAGAAUUUAUGGAUGCGGGGAUCCUACAACUCUUUCGUCACAGUGGAAGGGGAUCGACUGGGCCUGAAAUCCAGAGCGCCAUUCCUGGUGCCAAUCACCAACAAAUUUGGGAAGGUCAUCUUUUGGGCAGGAGAACACACAAGCAAUACCCGCUAUGGCACCGUCGAUGGAGCUAUGCUGAGUGGCGGCAACGCAGCAAGAGCAAUCAAAGCAGACAUCAGGCGCAGGCGCAGACGCUGAUUUGGUCAUAUCACAACUUACCACAGGACGUCAAGCAUGGCCGCUGAGAACUGAUGUGGACAUAAUUCUUUGGUUCAUUUUUCUUUCUCUUUUUUUUUUUUUUUAUUUUCUCAACAUUUUCUACUUCACUCAAUUGUUGAUAAAUUAGGAUUCAAUGUACUCAGGAACAUUGAAGUUUAAAAACAGAAGCUCUGACAACAAGAACUGUUAAAAUAGUGUUUAUUUCUUUUUGCCAUUAUUCUUUCGUUAAUUACCAUCUUCCAUUAUUUCAUUUUUGCAUUAAUUUAACCCAUCGUUUUUGAACGUGAGUAUUGCCAUCACUCGCUCAAUUGAUUUCUUGUCGCCAGUUUAGGUGCCAUUCAUAGAGCGAUCUGAUCUUUUUAGUGCCUUGUUUUUCGUAAGCAAUGAAAUUGAGAAAAUAAAUAAAUUCCCUGCAGUGUG